AUGAACCGCCCGACUCUGAGGAGCACAGGACUGGCCUCCUGCAGCCAAGGAACCGGCUCACUACAGAACGGGGGGGGUGGGGUGUUUGGGGUUGGUGGUGGUUGUGGUGGGUUGGGGGAUGGGGGGGGGGGGGGGGGUUUGGGGUGGGGGGUGGGUGGUUGGGGUGGGGGUGGUUUGGGGGGUGGGGGUGGGGGUGGGGGGGGGGAGGGGGGUGGGGGUCGGGUGGGGGGGGUGGGGGGGGUUUGUGGGGGGGGGUGGGGGGGUGGGUGCGGGGGGGGGGUGUGGGGUGUGGGGGUGGGGGGGGGGGAGUGGGGGGGUGUGGGGUUCUGA